GCCAUUUAAAAGAUCCCAGGCCUUUUAGUGACUAGACCAAAAGACUUCUAAGAAACUAGUGUGAAGGCACAAUCAGAUUCAUGUCUAGAAGGAGUCUCAUGUAUAAACCAACCUCUCUGCACUCUUUAGAGCAGGAAAGGCACCAGAUGAGACUGGCUGCCCCAGUUCUCAGUGGUUACCUGCUGAGGAAAGAAGCCUGGGACAGGGGGACGUCUUCGAGGCAGACUGUAGGAAACCCUCCGAUGGUGUGCCAGGACCCUGUUGUCCAAAAUGCCCUGUACACUGGAAAUGUAAAAGCCGUGAAAGAGAUCUUCUCCAAAGGCUUUCCUUCAGACCUGUUCAUCCAGCCUCAGGGAGGAGCCAUGCGCUGGAGUGCAAAUGGAAAAGGACUGUGGUCAUUGACAUAUGAACAAGAGCUGACCACACCACUGCACAUCACCGCUGGUCGGGGUUUCACCGAAUGUCUGCGGCAUCUCCUCCUGAGGGGCGCUCGAGUGGACCUGGCACCUGGGGGCACCACUGCCCUGCAUGAGGCCUGUGAGGAGUGCCAGCCCGACUGCGUCAAGCUGCUGCUGCAGUACGGAGCCAAUCCCAACGCAACCAAUGAAGACGGGCAAAUGCCCCUGCACGUGUGCACUGAACUCAAUUCACUUGAGUGUGCCAAACAUCUACUCGCAUUCGGUGCUUUGAUCAACGGUCAAAGCUUGGAUGAUAACGACACACCCCUUCAUGUGGUGGCCCGCCAUGGCCUUCCUGAUCACGUGGAGCUCUACUUACAACACGGAGCUGCGCUUAACCUACAAAAUGACGAUGGAAACACACCGCUGAACGCCGCGUGCUCCCAGCCACAGGACUGCACGUCUCUGGAGCGCUACAGCCGUGUUUGUCACAUGCUGGUGGCUGCUGGGGCAGACAUUCAUAUCAGUGACGCGGACAAGCAGACUCCACUGCACAUGGCAUGUAAGAACACCAACCCUGACGUGGUGGAUCUACUGCUUCAGUAUAAAGCCUUGGUCAACGAAAUGGAUUAUGGCGGUGAUGCACCGAUGCAUAACAUCCUGAAGGUGGUGGCCUACAAGAUGGACCAUGAGCCCGAGAGGAUCGUACAGGCACUUCUCAAUUACGGAUCCAUCAGGGUGUGGCCUGGAGCUCUGCCCAAGGUGUUGAAAUAUUGCUGCACAUCUCCAAGAACAAUAGAAGUGCUCUUCAACGCAUAUGACCGUCUCAAAAUCACUGAAGCCUGGGUAGAAGCUGUACCUCCUGAGGUGUUUCAGAAACACCGAGAAUUCUACGAAUCCCUGUUUGCACUGAUGCAAACUCCUCGAUCUCUACAGCAUUUGGCCCGUCACAGACUCCGAGCGUUCCUGGAAGGUCGCUUGCAUAAGGUGGUCCCUAAACUGGGUCUACCAACCUUUCUUAAAAAUUACCUAAUGCUGGCAUUCAGAGACUAUAUUCACUGAGAGAGACCACAAACCUGACACUGUACAACAUAUAGUAUAAGCAUGCAGUGAUUGGGUUUUGUACCAUGAUGUACCAUUGAGGUUUGUUGUAUUCUGUGUGAUUCUGAAUGAUUUGUGUUGGAAAACUGUCCUGUCUUUACCGAAGAUGAUACAAUCAGGUAGCAAUUUUAUAGGGAAUCAUUAAAUGGAGGUAAUGCUUAAUGCCAAUCUGUGAGAUAGAUUUUUUAAUGUAAAAUGUGUUUUAUUAUUACUGAUAUCUAUUUUAAAGCAUUGGGAAAGAAGAUAGAAGGUUGUUUAUGAAGAAUAAAACAGGAGGAGGAUGCAGAAGGUCUGUAUAUAUAUAUAAUAUCCAGUGCAACACACAUUCAUUAUUACAUUAACUACCACAGUGGGGCGCCAUGGAGCUCAAGUGGAAUCUGAAUUCCUAUUGAAAGUUUUCAAAUCACUGAUAGGAGUCCAUGCAUAAGU